CCCGGCUCCCAUGGGCCGGCGGUGAGCGAGCGGGCCCGGGGCCAUGCCCAGGCGGCUGGCGGGGCCCCCCGCGGGCCCCUACGGGGAGGAUUUCUCCUUCGUGAGCCCGCUGGUGAAGUACCUGCUCUUCUUCUUCAACCUGCUCUUCUGGAUGAUCUCGAUGGUGAUGGUGGCCGUAGGCAUCUACGCCAGGCUGAUGAAGCACGCAGAGGCGGCCAUGGCCUGCCUCGCGGUGGAUCCCGCCAUCCUGCUCAUCGUGGUCGGCAUCCUGAUGUUCCUGAUCACCUUCUGCGGCUGCAUCGGCUCCCUGCGUGAGAACAUCUGCCUGCUGCAGACGUUCUCAAUCUGCCUGACCAUAGUCUUCCUGCUGCAGCUGGCAGCUGGAGUGCUGGGCUUUGUCUUCUCUGACAAGGCACGCGGGAAGGUGAGCGAGAUCAUCAACAAUGCCGUCGUGCAUUACCGGGACGACCUGGACCUGCAGAACCUCAUCGACUAUGGGCAGAAGGAGUUCAGUUGCUGUGGGGGUGUCUCCUACAAGGACUGGUCCCAAAACAUGUAUUUCAACUGCACUGCUGACAACCCCAGCAGGGAGCGCUGUUCUGUGCCUUAUUCGUGCUGCUUGCGUGCAGCUGACCAGGCUGUCAUCAACACCAUGUGUGGCCAGGGGAUGCAGGCCAUGAACUACCUGGAGGCCAGCGAGUUCAUCUACACCAACGGCUGCAUCGACAAGCUGGUGAACUGGAUCCACAGCAACCUCUUCCUGCUGGGGGGCAUCGCGCUGGGCUUGGCCAUCCCACAGCUGGUGGGAAUCCUGCUCUCCCAGAUCCUCAUCAACCAGAUCAAAGACCAGAUCAAGCUGCAGCUCUACAACCAGCAGCACCGAGCAGAUCCUUGGUUCUGAAACCCCACCCAGAAGAGCGAGCGCCUCUCGUGCCGUGGCAGGGAGCGGCGUGGGGAGGGACACGCACCCCAGGAGGAAGAAACCACCUGCGUUUUUCCCUGCUAUUGCUCACUCUGCCCUGCAGGGGACUGGACAAGGGGGUAGCCCCCAGGAGAAACCCCCAGGCAGCCAGCGAGAGGCUGCUGCGUCUCCGGCAUCAUCCGUAGCAUCCCCGCCCAAGUGACGGACACCUUGGUCCUUUCUGUGGCAGCUUUUUUUUUUUUAAAAUAGGGAAAAGAGCAAAAGAUUUCCCAGCUGCCCCGGCCCUCUCUGGGAAUUGCCUUGAGAGCUGCCUUGGCUGCAUCUUCCCCUGGAAGGCUGGCGCAUUGGACCCGGGCUGGGCUGGCUGGUACGGAAGGGAGGUAAAGGGGGGGGUUGGCGGUAUAAUGCGGGUACAAGUGUCUUUCCUCCUGUGUGGCCUUGGAGCAUGGGGACGGGGGGCCUAGCCAGCUUCCUGCCCCCCAGGCCUGGACCAGCUGGGAGUGACGCCAGACAGCAGAAUGAUCAGCCCCUGACCCUGCACUGAUCUUUACUGAUGCACUGAAUCCAGAGAAGCAUCAGGAGGGGGCUGCUAAGGGGGGAGGGCUAGAGGAUGUAACUAGUGGCCAAAAACCACACGGGGGGGCUGGGAAUGGGAUCUGGAGCCCAGCCCUCCAGGGCGCUGACUCCAGUCUGGGGGCACCAUCUGACUCUGUCGUGGGUCCUGGGCACGGGAUGUGAAGCCUGCAGGCUGACGUGACAGCCGUGCCGGGGCUGGUAUCCCCACGGCACACAGCUGGGUCACCUCGGGGAGGAUGUUUUGGGCUCUUGAAAGCUCCCGAGAGGCUGAGUUUCACCCAGCUGAUCCCUGUGGCAGGCAGCAGCUCUGGGAAGCCCUGUCUGUGGGGUUGUAGUCUAGCCGGAGGCCCGCGUGGGUCUUGGCUCUGGACUCUUGAGUUCAGUGGACACGGCCAAAGAUCGGCGGGGGCGCUGGCUACCCCGGGUCCGGCCGCUGUGCCCGCAGCCCCAGGUGCUUGGCUGUGGGAAGGGGCCGAAGCGGCAGAUCCUCAAGCAGAGAGCAGAGACAGCGGUGGAGUAGCGUGUCCCGUUCUGGGCACGGAAGAGUCCAGUUGUCAGGGCCAUUAAUGUAACAGCUUCUACCAGUCUGACUACACCGAAGUCAGUUCCCCCAAGCCUCAAAUUUAGGGGUGUUUAAACCCUCAGAGCAGCUGCUCUCUUGCUGAGCUCUCGCUAAGCCGUAUGUAUAACAAUGCUCCUGAGUGGGUCCAUCUGCAGGGAUUGAACCUGCGAUCUCUGGCUCUAGAAACGUGGCUGUGGCUGUUUGAGCUGACGGACCAAGUCUGUUAGCUCAGCCACUAACACCCGUAAACCUGUGUACGCGGUGUCACCCCUAAGGGGGACGAAGUCGCGCCGCUAGCCCAGGUUACACGUGGCAGGAGGAGGUAAGCAGUUUUGUAUCCCAACGCUCUGUCUGUCCAACGUUGUUUGCGAGAGAGGCUCGCCCCGUUGUGUAAGGCAGCGAUGAGGGGCCAUGUGGCAGGAAGCGAGCGGGGUAACAGGCGUUUGCAGUCACCAGCCUGGCGUGGGUGAACCAGGCAGGGUCUGACUGAGAGAACAUGAAUGAAAAGCAGCACAGCGUCUCUCCCCAGAGGGUUUGCUGCAUCCGAACCCGUGGCUGAUCCAUCUAAUUAGUUACCGGCACAGGCAGAAGAUACUUGAUACUGGAGGGCUCCUGAGCCUAGCAGGCAAAGGUGGAACACAAUCCAAGGGCUGGGAGUUGGCAAAGUUAAAACUGGAAAUAUGGUGCAAAUUGUUACCGGUGCUGGUAAUGGACCAUUGGAACAGCUUUCCCCAGGGAUGGGGCGGCUUCUCCAUCCGGUGGGCUCUUUGCUUCGAGGCAGGGUGGCUUUCUAGAAGAUGCCCCAAUUCAACCACACGUUAUGGGCCUGAUGCAGGUGUCACUUGGUGGAUUUCUCUGGCCUGAGCUGUGCAGGAAGUCAGACAAGAUGUCCGUAACAGUCCCUUGCAGCCCUAAUGCCUGUGGGUAGUUUAUCUUGGCCAGGGGCUGGUGCCAGGUGGGUCAGAGGAAGGAAUAACCAUCCUUCCCCUCCGCCAGUAACGCUCAGUCAGCGCGUGCCCUGCAACCGCCAUCAGCUGCACCAAGGUGGAAGGUGAGACCACAUGAUCUGUGUGUUACCUCUGUGGAUGGACAUCUGCCCAUGUGCUCUCCUGCCCCCAAGAGGCAGCAUCUCCUCCUAGCACGGAGAGGCUGUAACAGUCUUCUUGGAACAUGCACAGAUAUAUAUUUUGAACACUGUACAAAGGGAGGGAUCGGCAGAGACUUCUCUCUUUUGGGAUGUUUGUAAGUAACACGUGGGUUCUAUAUUUAUCUGUGAAAUUAGCUCCUCUGUGAUGUGUUCCCUUUGCUUCCGUGGAGAAUAAAAUCAAAUCGGGUUCUGGCUGAA